AUGCCUCCCAAACCCGCCCAGUUCGGUAGAAUCGGCCUAGUCAUUCCGCUCUUCUACCGCGUCUUCUUCCUAGGCAUCGAGCCCAUUUCUGCUCUUGUCGGCGUCUAUUACGCCCACGUGCGACCCGACGACUAUCUCCAGCUCACUCACGCCGUCUCGAAACCCGAAAUCAUUCCCCAAGGAACCUCGAUCGUCCUCUCCCAGCUCGCCAACCUAUACCUGCUCUUUGCUCUCAAUGAAGCUCUUGUUCUUCGCGCGACUUCGGACCUGCGAGUCUGGAAAACUGUCCUGUUUGUGCUCCUUGUAGCCGACUUUGGACACUUGUACACAGUUCGAAGCUUGGGGCCAGAGGUGUACUACAACUUUACCAAGUGGAACGCAAUCGAUUGGGGAAACGUCCCGUUCGUCUACUUUGGUGCCUCAAUGAGGAUCGCAUUUCUGGCCGGCGUCGGAUUAAGCGGACGACCGGCACCUGCAAGAAAGCAACAGUAG